UAAACAUUAAAAAUAAAAGCUGCGACACAAGCUGGACUGAAGUCUCAAACUGGAUCUGAGUCUGAAGUCUGAGUCUGAAGUCUCAAACUGGAUCUGAGAAGAGUCUGAAGUGAGAAGAGACGAGUCUGAAGUCUCAAACUGGAUCUGAGAAGAGUCUGAAGUGAGAAGAGACGAGUCUGAAGUGAGAAGAGCAGAAAACACAGAGUUCCUGAGAGGAAAACCCGAGUCUGGAUUUGAGAUGGCGCUGACGGUGAAGGCCUACCUGCUGGGUCGGGACCAGGUGGUGAAGGAGGUCCGGAGGUUCAACGUGGAUCAGGAGGUUUCCUGCAGCUUCGAGUACCUGCAGUCCAGAACCAGCAGCGUGUUCUCCAGCCUGAGGGACUUCAACCUGUACUACAGAGAUGAAGACGAGGACCUGGUGGCGUUCUCCUCUGAUGACGAGCUGAUGAUGGGUCUGGCCUGCAUGAAGGACGGCCCGUUCCGCCUCUACAUUAAAGAGAAGAAGGAGAACCGUCGGGACUUCCCGCUGCACGCCUUCCCCCCCUUCACCUUCGGGCCCUCCGGUCCCCAUGGACCCCCCCAUGGACCCCCCCAUGGACCCCCCCCUGGGCCCGCCACCCACCCUGAUGUGACCUGUGAUGGGUGCGAGGGCCCUGUGGUGGGAACCCGCUUCAAGUGCUCCGUGUGUCCAAACUACGACCUGUGCUCCGCCUGCCAAGCGAGAGGAACCCACACGGAGCACCAGCUGCUGCCCAUCUGGCACCCCAUGCAGUGGUUUCCUCGGGGGAAGUGGAUGAAGAGGAUGAGACACUGCAUGUGGAACCAGAACCAGAACCAGCAGCCAGGACCCUCCAGACCGGACUGCAGCGCCCCCUCUGCUCAGGACAACGUGGACUUCCUGAAGAACAUCGGGGAGGGCGUGGCGGCCAUGUUAAGUCCUCUGGGUAUCGACGUGGACAUCGACGUGGAGCACGAGGGCCAGAGGACCAAGGUGACGCCCCCCCCUCAGAGAGAAGGGGGUGGAGCCAGCAGCGAGGGGGGCGGAGCCUGUAGCGAGGGGGGCGGAGCCAGCAGCGAGGGGUCAAAGGUGUGCAGAGACUCUGAUGAGGAGUGGACUCACCUGAACCCCCGAGAGGUCGACCCGUCCAGCGGAGAGCUGCAGUCCCUCCAACCCGGGGACCUGGACCCAGACCAGGACCUGGACCCGGACCAGAACCAGGACCAGGACAAGAAACAGGACCCAGAACAGGACCCGGAUGAGAACCAGAAACAGGACCAAGGCAAGGGCCAGAACCAGGACAAAGACCUUACAGACCAGGUCCAGGUCCAGGCUCAGAACCAGGCUCAGAACCAGGUCCAGGCUCAGAACCAGGCUCAGAACCAGGCUCAGAACCAGGCUCAGAACCAGGUCCAGGCUCAGAACCAGGCUCCCUCGUCUGGACAGCAGGGUCCAACAGGUCUGAGGGAGGCGGCUCUGUACCCUGACAUGCCCCAAGACCCCCGCCAGAUGGAGACCCUCUCCCAGAUGUUGGCGAUGGGUUUCUCAGAUGAGGGCGGCUGGCUCACUCGUCUCCUUCGGGCCAAAGACUUCGAUAUCGGCGCCGCCCUCGACGCCAUCCAGUUCCAGCCCCCCCCACACAGAACCUGAUGAUGUCACCGUGAUGUCAUCAUUACGUCAUGUCACUGCUGACGUCAUCUGUUAAACCAGAUUCAGAUCCUGCAGCCACUUCCUGUCCUCUGAGGUCACUCUGAUAUAGUAACCAAUCAUCUUCUCGUUCAUAUUAACCUCAACGGCUCAGAUAUAUAGACUGUCUAAUUAAUAUAUACUUUAUCUAAUCAAUAUGUUCUCUGAUUGAUAUAUACUUUCUCUGAUUGAUACGUACUUUCUGAUUGAUAUAUACUUUCUCUAUGUACUUUCUCUGAUUGAUACGUACUUUCUGAUUGAUAUAUAUGUUCUCUGAUUGAUUUGUACUUUCUCUGAUUGAUAUAUACUUUCUCUGAUUGAUACAUACUUUCUCUGAUUGAUUUGUUCUUUCUCUGAUUGAUACAUACUUUCUCUGAUUGAUUUGUACUUUCUCUGAUUGAUAUAUACUUUCUCUGAUUGAUACGUACUUUCUCUGAUUGAUUUGUUCUUUCUCUGAUUGAUACAUACUUUCUCUGAUUGAUUUGUACUUUCUCUGAUUGAUAUAUACUUUCUCUGAUUGAUACGUACUUUCUCUGAUUGAUUUGUUCUUUCUCUGAUUGAUACGUACUUUCUCUGAUUGAUUUGUUCUUUCUCUGAUUGAUACAUACUUUCUCUGAUUGAUUUGUUCUUUCUCUGAUUGAUACAUACUUUCUCUGAUUGAUUUGUACUUUCUCUGAUUGAUAUAUACUUUCUCUGAUUGAUACGUACUUUCUCUGAUUGAUACGUACUUUCUGAUUGAUUUGUACUUUCUCUGAUUUGAUACGCCCUCUGUCUCACUGCUCUUUGUCCUGCUUUAUGAAUCUGAAUAAAACUUGAGGCCCAGA